AUGGACAUGGAAGCUUGCUGGGAAGGCUUGCUGCAGCAGCUCCGCGGCUUGCCAGCGGACUUCCGAGGUGAACUUCCACCUGAGCAGCGCUUCGACUCGCUCGGCAAGGACCUUUGCCUGACUUCCCUCUAUGCGCUGUGCCCGCCGCUGCGGAAACGUGUCGCCAGCUGCGGCGGGCUGGCACAGCUCUGGAGCCACUGCCAUCGAGACCCCACGGCGGACCCUGAAACAGAGCUCGCCUGGCAGCAGGGGGCCCCAGCAGCCGCCCUCAUGUCAUGGCUUCGUGCAUCUGGAUCCUAUGAGUUGUAUAUUGAGAUCCGGCCCUAA